CUACGCCAUGCCAUUGACUGACAUGUUAUCUGAGUUAUUUAUAGAAUCAAGGAAUAUCUCCCCGAGAGGGUUUGUGUGGAUGUUUACUCUGUCUGUGAUACAGGAAGCCACCAAAAUGAUCCAAAACGGGAGAGAGUAGUAACCCUUAUACUCUAUGUAGAAAUGACACGAGGAGAACGUUGCAAAGGGAGCGAAUGUAAUAAUCUUAUAACGACAUGUUGUUAACAAGACAGCGGAUGUUUUCAUUUUAGGGUUCAACCGUGUCGGAGGAUGCACGUUCAUUUAUGAGCCAAGUGCUUCGCGCCUUACACACUCGACCAGUGUGUUAUUUACGGAGACCCCUACUCCUAAUGCUUUCCACGCAGCUACAGAAAAAAAGGCGGGCUUUGCUGUCUCCCUACGACAAGUUGCAUCGGGAGAUCGGAAUCUCCUCAUCGCACGCACGAUGUACGUCGAUGAAUGUACGUGAGCAUCUCUCCCUUAUCAGAUCGACGGAAACCGACGCCGCGGCAUCUUGCAGAAUCCAUUCUAAUUUAUGAAGCCAUCCUACGCAGCAACAGGGAAGAAAACAGUGGCCAUUUUGUUGUGCAGUACAUCUCAUUUUAACCUUCAGGAAUAAAGGGUAUAUCGUCUCGAAAGAGGUAUUCCGUCCCAUUGGUGGGGUUCGUUUGUGACUCUGUGUGUUUGGAGUCGCACCACCGCCCAGGUAUUUAUACACACCAACGUAAAACAUUCCGAAGAUAAGGAGAAAGGUAUUCAUAUCUGGUACUGAUAUAGAGGUCUGUGGUUGAUGUUAUUUAUCGUGUGUUUUAGUGCAAAUGGGCUCAGCGGGUCAGAGCACUGACCACGCUCCCAAUGAGAAUAUCACAUCUCACUGUGACGACAUCAUCCUCAUAUCACUUUAUGACAGAAGUUAGUGCAGUUUAAAGAGUCGGUUUCGAUUUGAGGUCUGUCAUUUCCAUUGUCAUCAGUUCAUAUGCGUUUCCCAUCUGUUUCUGGAUAGAGUGAUCACACCGUCAAUAUACAUAAGCCAACAGGUCUGUGCUGUAUGCUUGGGAUAAUAAACGUAUGGCAAAAGAGAGAGUGUGAAUAUAUUCAUUUGGAGAUUAAAUGGCCAGUGUUCUUGUAUCACGAACAAGUGCACCAACAACCAACAUGAAUGGCAUAUCGGACUCAGAUGGGGAAAGCCCCACACACAUGCAACAGGGAGGGGGUUCCCCUUGUAAACCAGCCCGACAGCAGGAUCCAAGUGGCGCCGAAACCUACGUGAAACUUAGUCCAAACGAUCUUGGUGCCACUUGUGAAGGACUGGCUAUGAUGCCACACCAUGGACAGUCAGCUUCUAAGCAACAGCUGGGUGGCGGGAGCAUCCAAAAUGGUUGUGAAGGGGCAGAAUCCUCACCAACAGGACAUGUUCUUUUUACGGCUCAAAGCUUCGAGGAGCUCUUCCUUGACAAGAUCUUCUUGCAAAGACUCUUUUUGUACCUCACGCCGGUAGAGCGUUGUGGACUCGCACACGUUUGUAAAUGUUGGAAGGAUGUUUUGUACCAACCAAUGUUCUGGAAGACGGUCACACCGAUCCUUCAUCGCAGAGACUUGUACGAGGAACAGGACGAUGGCACCAAGAAUUUUACAUCUCUAUCGAGUUUCGAGCUGCGUGGUUUUGAAUCAGUUUGUUUGGUCAGCGUUUCGGAUUUGGACAUCUGUGAGUUCAUUGACCAUUGUCCACGAACAAAGAAGUUCCUACGCGCCAUUUCACUUAAACGCUCCACGGUGACCGAUGCUGGGUUGGAGGUCAUGUUGGAGCAACUUGGGUCCGUGACAUCACUGGAGUUAAGUGGAUGUAACGAUUUCACGGAAGCGGGACUUUGGGCCAGUCUUCAGCCUAGGUUAACAUCCUUGAGCAUCAGCGAUUGUAUCAACGUCGCAGAUGAGAGCGUCGCGGCCAUUGCGCAAAGGCUUCCCCACCUGCGUGAGCUGAACCUUCAGGCUUAUCAUGUAACCGACGCCGUCCUUGGCUGUCUGGUGGCACAGAGAUGUGGCACCUUGACCACUCUAAGGCUCAAGUCUUGCUGGGAACUGACCAACCAGGCUGUAGUGAACCUUAUUCACUGCCUGCCUCAGCUCACUACUCUUUCACUGUCAGGGUGCAGUAAAAUCACAGAUGAGGCUAUUGAGCUCAUAGCAGAGAAUCUUGGCCAGCUCAGGUGUCUAGAUCUCUCAUGGUGCCCUCGUAUCACGGAUGCUGCUUUGGAAUACAUCGCAUGUGAUCUGCCUAAGCUAGAGGAACUCACAUUAGACAGGUGAGUUUUGUGUGUUGACAGUAUGUUUAUAUUAUUCGAUGACUUAGUAUCUAUAUCAUAUACUUUUACACAUGAUGUAUUUAUUAGAUGUGCUUGGAAUGAUUACUCUGAAUAUGUUUCAAAAUGCGUUGUGGUCAGAUGAUGAGUAUCGCGGAUUCGCAGGUUUAAAGUAACCAAACAGAUGAAUGGGUGUGUGUUAGAAAGAUCAUUAUCUCAUAUAACGUCGGGAUAACGUCACCCCCAAUCUAAAUGAACAUCUUCAGUGACACUGUAAGACGUGUAAGCAAAUUAUAACAGGAAUGAAUUGUUAACAUAUUAACAAUUUGAUGCAAGAUGAACAUGAAUAAACUGCUUUUAAAGCACUGUGAUCUUACAAAAUGAAUGACGCUCUCCUUUUUAAACAAUAAUGGCUAUCAGUAGAAUGUGAUAGUGUUGAGUCUUAUGUAUUUUGAUGACAUCAUUAUUAAGUACUUACGAAAACACUAUUUGGUUCUAUAAGAUUUCCUAAAUAGAUCGCUCUAUAGCAAUACUAAGAACAUGAAGAUGAAAAUACGAAUAGGAUCUUGGUGACAUGAUUUUACGAGAAGGAUGAAGGUUACGUAUACAAACUGCAUUUGUGAUCUUUCAAUUGGGUUUUCUAAUUUGUUUUGCUUUGGCAAACUCGAAGUGACCAAACGGACAAACAGGAGUAUCAAUGAAUACAAAGGCAGCAUCCUUGACGUGCAUGGCCGAAAUGGAAAUAAAAACAGAAAACGGAAAAAAGAAGAGUAAUCAGAAGUGGCAGAAUCUUAUCUUUCGUGGAAUAGGCUUUGAAAUAUAAUGUACAUGUAUAUAAGAGUCAUGAUAGACAUGAUAGAAUUCGCUUAGGUUUUUUUUAAGCGACCAGCAUGAACAUUGAACGAAAAUAGACAAAAAAACUCAUUCAUUAUGUACCAGACGACGCUUCAACAACGAAAUGUCAUUUUUUUUUCAGUAAUAGCCACACACAUGACACAAUUUUAUCGAAAUGUCAGAUUUGAUUUUGAUAAAACUGUAAAGUCAUUGAGCAAUUGUAUAUACCAGUGUCCUGUAAUAAACAUAUGAUGUAUAGUUGCAUUACCAUCUAUAUUUCAUAUCUGCCAUAAAACUUUUAAUCCUUUAUUAAAGGACAAGUCCACCCCCACAAAAGUUGACUUGAAUAAAAGGAGAAAACCCACCAAGCAUAACACUGAAAAUUUCAUCAAAAUCGGAUGUAAAAUUAGAAAUUUAUGACAUUUUAAAGAUUCGCUCAAUUUCACAAAACAGUUGUAUGCACGUCUUGGUCAGUAUGCAAAUGAGGGGACUGAUGACGUCACCCACUCACUAUUUCUUUUGUUUUUCAUUCUAUGAAAUAUGAUAUAUUUCAAUUUCUUCCUCAGUGUCAUGUGAAGAAAAAAUUUAUUCCUCCCUGAGCAUGUGAAUUACUAUUGUCUUAACAUUAUAUGGUUCAGUCAAGUUGGUCAUUAUUGCCAAAUAUGCCAAAUAAUAAAAAACAAAAGAAAUAGUGAGUGAGAGACAUCAUCGUCUCUCUCAUUUUGCAUAUCACCGAGUUGUACAUAUAACUGUUUUGUGAAAAAUUAGCGAAACUUAAAAAUGUCAUUAUUUUACAUCCCAUUUUGAUGAAAAUUUCAGUGCUGUGCUUGUUGGAUUUUUCUCUAUUUAUUCAAAUAGAUAUUUUUCUUGGGUGGACUUGACCUUUAAUGUAAAUGUAUUUUUAAUAUUCUUCUAUCGCAACCCACCUCCCCUCUUCCCUCCUGCUCUCUCUUUCUCACUCUCCAAAUGAAAUUCUGACGAAUCCCUUUUAAACUGAGGGGAUUUCCAUCGGCGUUCAAAAUAGGAAAUUAUAUUUCACCAUGAGUCACACGAUAUAUACAGGCACGCUCCCGAUAUUUUCUAACCCCCUUUCAGUAUGAAUUAGGCACGCCGCCUUAGAAAAUGCACAGACAGUGAACUGAGAAUUACUUUCGAAACAGAAUUGAUGUCGUUGACCGCGAAUUAUCGUCAACCUAUUCAAAAUGGAUGUCGUCCGCUAUCCAGAUCGUCGGAAAAUGUAGAAGAUCGAGAUAAGAAGACCCAAAGUUCAGACCUAAAUUUGAUCUAUAGACUAUAUGAGAAAAAUGUAUUUAGUCAUAGAAUUAACAGAAUUGGUUUCCUCGAAGGUUUCACGAAAAAUAAUUAUCAUCAUCCCCUAUUUUUUUUCACCCUAAAUUGCUAAGUAAAAAGAAAUCUUAUUAAACAAGCAAUAUUAUGCAACCGGAUUUACAUUCUGAACUGGGUCUCCUUUUUAUAAAGAUAUUAAUGAACAAAUGUUCUACAGAAAUGUUGCAGAGCUAUUACACUGAACAUUGCAAGUUUCAUAUCUGAUCCUUCAUAACUAUUUUUUUUAAACGAUUAUAAACGUCCUGUUUUUCCCCAUGCUGUCUGUUCCACCUUCAUCUACAAUAUGAAAUUUAUUCUUCUUUUUAAGGAUUUUAUAAUGACAAGCACAUUUUUCAUGAAGACCAUUUUAACCAUAUGCAUACCCGAAUUUAUAACCAGUUAUUACCCAUAAUUUUUUUUGUUACUUUUUGGUAAGGAUUAUGAAAGAAUGUAUUGUCAGAUCAUGAAGGAGAAGUGUGAAAAGGGGAAUAUUUUGUUGACAUUAUAGAAAUAAAAUUGAAUACUUUAUUCAGUGUGAGAAGGCAAGGAAAAGCAAUUAGACGAUGAUAAUAAGAGAGUAAUACAAAUAGUUUGCACUAAAAUGAAUUAUAGCAUUGGAUAUUUUUUUAACUAACGGUAUAGUGUAGUAAUUUUACAUCGCUAGAUUCAUCAAUGGCUGGUCAUCUGAGGGCUAUGUAUAGUAUGAUGAACCAGAUAUAAUAAUCUAUGGAACUCACAGUGGGAAUAGAUUAGAAACCAUGGCAAUUAGCAAUCUAAAGCCACUGUUUCCUGCGGGACCAAGAGAUGACGUCAUUCUGGGUAUAAUGUCACGGUCCCUAUAUUAUACUGACGAAUGUAAAAAUGGGUUUUGUUCAAAAGUAUCAUGAUUAUUCUUAUAUCUGUGACUUUCAUUGAUAUCAGGGGAUUUGUGAUUCAGAGAAAGUAUGGAUUAAAGACACCACAUUGAGUGAGAAUGAUAUGCGAUAUGAUAAUGUGUGUGUAAACUGAUAGUUUUGAUACUGUUAUUGUAUUAAUCGUGUUAAUUAUUAUUCCAGCGCUGACGUAAAUUUUAGAAGAACAUUACUAUAAUAAAAAGAAAAUGCAAACAAGAGAAACCAUUGUCUAUAACUGUAUAAUGAAGUAAAUAGCUUGUUGAAAAAAAAGCACAUGAGCAUUCAUUUAGAAAAACAAUGUAGUUGAAUUGAAAUCGCAAUUAAUAUAGAAUAUUUAAUCUUACCCUAAACAGCGAAUAUCGCGAAGAUGUCUCCUCUAUGAUGACAUGUUAAGAAACCAUAAACUAUGAAGCAUGGUUAAUAAAGGUAUCACUUUGAGCUGAUUUUGAUUUGGUUUCAUAAUGAAUAAAAUCAUACAAACUCAAGUCAUAAGAUACCACAUUAAAUUGACAAAUUAAAAUAAAGACCAAACUCCAUACCAAUGAAGAAAGUGAAUGGUUUCUUUCCUCAUAUUUUUUCGAUGGAUAGUUGUCAUGUAAGUACAGAAGGGGCCAAGGAAGUAUUUUUGUGAAAGCAUUUUCUGUCUUUGUUUUCUGCAUCAAAUUUCCUUAUCGAAAUAUCGGGCCCACUGGAUAACAUAUCAUUUUACCACUGAUUAUUCCGUUAUUUCAAAAGGAUGGGGCAAAUGAAUAUCUUGUAACAGAAAAUUUUCCCUUAUUGGCCCAUUAUAUGCCACUCAUCAAUUUGAUCGAAAAAGGCGAUAGUUGUUAAAUAAAUUUCAAAAAAUUUUAGGCCCCACUCUUUAAUAUACAUGAAAUAAAUGCUCUUUAUGUGAUUAAGUAGUGUCAAACCUCGAAGUGUUUUAACUUUACAAGCUCUCCAGAUUCUGUAUAAUCGUUAGGAGCUAGAUGUUUUCCUUUCCUUAAACGGAAUGAGACAGAUAUUUUGGUCAAUACAUCGUUAUGUUAUUCGAUCUGGAGGAGUUAUUUCAGUAACUCUAAAUUUAGUAAAUCCAGGAGUAUAAGAAUUUACUCGAAGCAACCAUAGCAUCUCCUCAAAAUGCCUUCCGCUCAUUCAAUACUUUUUGAGGUAUCGCUCACUCGUUUUUGGCGCUUUAUUUGCCCGUGGAAAUCAUGACGUCACUGAUCGUCUGCUAAAUCGCCUGUUCGUCAGAAGCAGAACAUAUAAUGUCCCAUCCCCUGACGUCACUCAAAAUAUAGAAUUCACUAAGAGUAAGAUGGCUGAAGGCAUAAAGAUAUUGUAUAAUUUCUUCGACGUCAGUAUCCUUAAAGAACAUGUAUGGUAAACAAUUUAUUUUAAGAUUUCCCCUUUCUUAAUUUACCGUUUUAUUUACUGCAUCUUUUCUCUGUUCCAUCGCGUAUAUUUUGUGUUUCUGAGUUUCUUUUGGAUCUCUAAGAUAAGACGAUCGAAAUCUAGGCUCUAGGCGUAGAAUGCCCACAUUUUAUAAUGCAAAACCAAGAUUGCUCUUUUCAGGACACAAUGCACAUCAGGUUUCGUUGGUAGUCUAUAUCCAGUGGUGUAAUGAGCCAAAACAUUUUAGGGGGUACAAUAUGGCGCAUGUGGCAAAGCUCCUUCAAAGUUGAGAGCAAUCGAAAUAAGCGAGCAUUUUUUUUUGGUAAUUUAGAAUAUAACUCUAUUCUGUGAUAGACUUUGACAUAAAAAAAAAUGAUAACAUACUUCUCCCAUUUAUUCCCCCUUUUUUGAAGGGGGGGGGGGGUAUGUGCACUUAAGCCCCUCUCUUUGUGCAAGUACACAUGCUUGAUACAUGAAAUAUGACUGUUUACAUGUUUCCUUCAAAGCCAUAAUCAUGAAUAUAAUCAUUUAUUUCUUCCUGCUUGUGAUAAGAUUUCAAAUAAAUUGCAAUUAAUCUUAAAAACUGUAAUAAGUAACUAUAAAAACUUCACAUUGUAAUAACACAGUGUCACGAUGCUAAUUUACUAUAUUUCUAUCUCACUUCCCCUUCUCUCUCUCUCUCUCUCUCUUUGUUAAAAAAAAAUUACACUUCCAUAUUAGUCUUUAUUAUAGACAUGGUAGGUGCAUAAAAUAUUUGAAUUAUAAUCUGACCUUUUUCUCAUUUAUGCUACGUUGAAUACCGAUUAUAUUUCAUGUUGGCUUUAUCCCAUUUUUGUCCAAUUUAAAAACAUGCCCUCUUUAAUAUCUUUGAAGCGAAAGUGCAUCAUGAUGUCAGGUAUUAUGAUGAACAAUGAAAAAAAAAUAUUGAGGAAGAGUUAAUGGCGAAAGUCUGUCAAAAUAGGCAGAGAUCUAGUUUUCGUUCGUCGUUUAAAUUUAUAAUUGUAUUUGCUUACCUUUCAAAUUACUUCAGAAUUCCACAAAUUAGUAUUUCUUUUUAUUUGAAAUGAAUUUGUUUUCCUCAUAUCAAGGAGUAACCAGUAACUCCUUGGUUGUUAUAUACAAGUGUGCAUGAAAUGAGUUGUCCCAUUCUAUACCUAAUCAAUCACAAUUUUAAUAUUGUAGAAUUUAUCGUUUUACGAUGGUGGAAGCUCAGCUCACGAGUGAUAUCACGGAAAGAAAUUUAAGAAAAAAUAACGGUUUUAUUGUUUGACGAACAGUAGCAUAAUGAGCCAAAAUUCUUGAGGGAGUGGGAUAUGGCGUAUCGCAUAUUGCAAAGAUUUUUUUGCAAAGAUUUUGACAUAAUAUUCAGAAGAUAAUAUCAUAUUUCACCCUUCUCUCUUUCCUUUUCUUUCCUUUUCUAUUUCUAUUUCUUUUUCUUGGCCGUGAGAGGGGGUAUUGCAGUUUUCUCUGUUGAUCUGCUUUUAUUUGAUACACAUGUGUUUAAAGAUUUUUAUUAGUGUGAAUGACCUUUAUUCAUUGGAAUCGUAAACGGAAACGAUUAUUGUAAAAUAGGUUUAGAUGGUAAUGAUGGUUCGUGAUUCACCGGAGUAAAAACAAAAUUAUUAUGAAAAAAUAUAGUUUUAGAAUUACCCUUAAAUGGGGAUUUUAUAUAUCGUGAAUCGUAAUUCGGUGGAAUAUAAAAAGGAAACUAUAUAUUAUGGAGAAAUUGAAAGUUUAGAUUGCUCUUUAAAUAGACAUGCUACAGUGAUUCAUUUCAAGGAGACUAUUAUUGAGAAAUUGAAAGCGAUGGAAAGGGAUAUUAGAUCAGAAAUAAAAAUCACUGUAUCACUGUAUCACUGUAGCAAAUAUGAACCUUUCACUGUUGAGCAGUAUUAUGAAAUAAUGUCCAUUCUCCUGAAGACGCCAAGAACACACUUGUCGAAACGUCGAGAUUGGGUGAUCCUUUUCAACACUUGCCCAAGAAAGAUGCAUGGUGUAAUGUGAAACCUACUACACAAUUCUUCUUCGCCAGGGAAACCUUUAGAAGUUACAAUUAUUUCCUAGUUAUAGAAGCGAUAUUUCCUGCAAAUUUAAUUCACCAUAUAGGUCAUUUGAAUUUUCGAAUUCAAUUGAACUAUGUGGUGACAUUAAAAAGUUGCGCGGCCCAAACCAACGUGAAUUUCAUCACCGAUUCAUUAUUCUCUCCGUAUCAUCAUUUGGUGUUAGAGACAUAUAAGCUACAUAAUGAAGAAAAUCGUUAAUAUAUAUAAAUAUCUAAAUUCUAAAAAAAAGUUUCAUUCUAUGCAUCUCAAUAUUUCUCUGUAUACGUCCCAAUACAGUUCUCUAUUAAAAAAUGAUUUUGAUAAGUGGAGAGGAAAACUCUUCUAGAACCAUGCAGCAAACUGGAAUGAAUUAAAAAUUUAGCGUAAACAAUGCAUUGAAUAAAUUAAUAAUCAUUUUUUUAAAUAUUCAUUGCUGGAUUAACUGGAUUUUUAAGUGCGUCAGAGUUAAAACUCCGACGCACAUCAAUUUUGCCAAAUGAUGUAUUGUUAACAUUCAAUCCCGAAUUAUUUGAAAUCAAUGAACGUUAAUUGUUUGGAGUUUGUCAGUCAUGAUGGUUGAACAACCAUCUAUAAUUAACAGAUUAAAGAACGUCGUCCUGUCGUAAGACAACCGGGAUAAACCGUAAUACGUCUCUUGCAUUCCUUCACGAAACAGAACGAAAAUUUUCCAAACUUGAAAAGA